AUGGGUACCAGCAAGCACACGGCCCCUCGUGCCAUCCUCUGCUUCUUGUUUCUGCUCUGCUUAGGCUGCAAAUGCCUGGCAUCAGAAUUAGAGGCCACCCAGACGGCGACCCUCACGGUCGAUGCCUCGCCGCAGCUUGCUCGGAAGAUCCCUGAUACACUAUUUGGGGUAUUCUUUGAGGAGAUCAACCAUGCAGGAGCUGGUGGCAUAUGGGCUGAACUUGUUAGCAACAGAGGGUUUGAAGCUGGAGGCCUCCAUACUCCAUCAAACAUUGGCCCAUGGUCCAUCAUUGGAGAUGACUCUUCUAUAUAUGUGGAGACUGAUCGGACAUCAUGUUUCAGUCGAAACAUCAUUGCUCUGAGGAUGGAGGUCCUUUGCGAUAACUGUCCUACUGGUGGUGUUGGUAUUUACAACCCGGGAUUCUGGGGCAUGAACAUAGAAGAUGGAAAGGCCUACAAUCUUGUUAUGUAUGUUAAGUCACCAGAAACAACCGACUUGACAGUUUCACUAACAAGCUCUGAUGGGUUGCAAAAUCUGGCUUCAGCUACAAUAACAGUUUCCGGCGAAUCAAAUUGGACAAAAGUAGAGCAAAAGUUGGUUGCUAAAGGAACCAAUAGAACCUCAAGGCUUCAGAUAACAACUAAUAAGAAAGGAGUUGUCUGGUUUGAUCAAGUAUCACUCAUGCCUGAAGACACAUACAAGGGACAUGGCUUUCGCACAGAACUUAUAUCCAUGAUUUUGGAUUUAAAACCACGAUUCUUGAGAUUUCCUGGAGGCUGCUUUGUUGAAGGUGAGUGGUUAAGAAAUGCCUUUAGGUGGAGAGAAUCUGUUGGUCCAUGGGAAGAGAGACCUGGACACUUCGGGGAUGUUUGGCAUUACUGGACUGAUGAUGGCCUUGGAUACUAUGAAUUUCUUCAGCUUGCGGAGGACCUGGAUGCUGAGCCAAUCUGGGUUUUCAACAAUGGGGUCAGCCACAAUGAUGAAGUUGAUACUGUUGCUAUUGCUCCUUUUGUAAAGGAUGUAUUGGACAGCAUAGAAUUUGCAAGGGGGGAUGCAAAUUCAACAUGGGGCUCUGUUAGGGCUGCAAUGGGGCACCCUGAACCAUUCCCAGUGAAAUACGUUGCGAUUGGAAAUGAAGAUCGUGGGAAAUUUUUUUACCUUGGUAACUACCUGAAGUUCUACAAUGCUAUAAGACAGGCCUACCCAGACAUUCAAAUGAUUUCAAAUUGCGAUGGUUCAUCUACACCACUUGAUCAUCCUGCUGAUUUAUAUGACUUCCAUGUCUAUACUGAUUCUAAGACUCUGUUCAACAUGAAGAGCACAUUUGACAGAACAUCUCGUAGUGGACCCAAGCCUUUCGUGAGUGAGUACGCUGUUUGGAGAGGUGAUGCAGGUAGAGGAAGUCUUCUUGCUUCAUUGGCAGAAGCUGCUUUCCUUACUGGACUGGAGAAGAAUAGUGACAUUGUUUACAUGGCAAGUUACGCGCCACUGUUCGUAAACAACAAUGACCAAACUUACUGGAUGCAGACACUUUUCCGCGAGUCUAGUGGUGCUAUGUUCCAUCCAACUACAAUCAGUUCCAGCUACUCUGGUUCGCUCGCAGUGUCUGCGAUUACUUGGCAGGACUCAGAGAACAGCUUCCUAAGAGUUAUAAACUUCGGGUCAGAUGCUGUGACCCUGACAAUCUCCACGAGUGGACUCCAGGCCAGUGUCAACGCUCUGGGAUCAACUGCCACUGUUCUCACAUCAGCAAAUGUGAUGGAUGAAAAUUCCUUCAGUAACCCAACCAAGGUUGUGCCAGUGAAGAGCGAUCUGGGCAAUGCUGCCGAGCAGAUGCAGGUCACACUGGCUCCUCACUCCUUCAGCUCGUUCGAUCUCGCCCUGGCUCAGUCCAAACUUGUCGCGGAGAUGUGA